UACACGUCAGCAGUCAAUAACUUGCAUCACCGUUCUGUCAUUCUCUUCCUGGUAUUAACGUGUUGACACUUCACUCUUGGCUCGGUUCUUUCUGGGGGCGACUGCUUGGGAAAAUGACUCGGUCUUCCAGCGGAAAGACGGCCGUGUUGGAGAAAACGGUUGUACUCGGAUUUUGAGAGAAAAGCGUCACGCGACGUUUUGGGGCUUCCUUUGAAGAGCCGCACGAGGAAACGGAGGGUCGCGGCGCGGCGCGGCGGGGACUUUUAACGAUGCAGUCGCGCGCGAGGAGGUGAAUUAAAGCCAUAUCUGCUGAAGUCCAAAGUUUGCUCUCAGGAAGGAAAAGAUGAGGUUCCGGCUGCUCAGACGGAAUCUGCUCCUGCUGCUGGGAGUUAUCUUUGUACUUGUGACUCUCUUGUUUUCAACACGUGUGUUGGUAAUUUCUGAAGACGACCCGAGAGCAGACAGCUCCAGGAAUGUGGACAGUAAUGGAAAUCAGGGAACGAAUUCUUGCGAGGUAUUUCAUUUCGGCUCUGUGUCAGAAUUGACUCAGUCCGUUUACAGUGCCAAUUACAAGCAGUGUGUCCACAAUGCAGACAGGUUUCCCGGGGAGCCCCAGCUGGUGCUGGUCGUGCAGGUUCACAACAGGCCUGAAUACCUCCGGCUCCUCAUCAGGUCACUGGAGACAGCUGCUGAGGUCCACAGUUUUCUCCUUAUCUUCAGCCACGACUAUUUUUCACAGGAAAUCAACACAAUUGUGCAAGGGAUAACUUUCUGCAAGGUACUGCAGAUUUAUUUCCCCUUCAGCACCCAGCUGUAUCCCAAAGAGUUUCCUGGGCAGGACCCACGAGACUGUCCCAGAGACAUGUCCAAGGACAUGGCUCGGAAAACAGGAUGCCUCAACGCGGACCACCCUGAUUCGUACGGACACUACAGGGAGGCCUUCGUCACUCAAACCAAACACCACUGGUGGUGGAAGCUGCACUUUGUUUGGGAGCGAGUUCAGGCGAUGCAGGGCUACAGCGGCUUUGCCGUCUUCCUCGAGGAAGACAACUACAUCUUGCCAGACUUUUUCCACCUUUAUAAAUUAAUGAUUGAGUUUAGGAAGACAAGUUGCCUAGACUGCGACCUGCUGGCUUUGGGCAACCACAACGGCGUGAUAGAUUUCACCAGCAUGUCCGAUAAGGUGUUGACCUCAGGAUGGAUGUCGACUAAACACAACAUAGGCAUGGGCAUAUCUAGGGAGGUUUACUACAAGCUGAUGGGCUGCAGCAAGGACUAUUGCACCUACGAUGAUUACAACUGGGACUGGACUCUGCAGCACCUGUCCGGAACCUGCAUAUCAAAACCCCUUAAGGUGCUGGUUGCGCAGGGCUCCAGGGUUCUACACACCGGAGACUGCGGCCUCCACCAGAAGGACAACUGCAGACCAGAACAGGCCUCACAAAAGGUACGGGAGAGCCUUCAGAAGGCCAAGGAAGGUCUGUUUCCUCCACGCCUUGUUCUCAGUAGGGCGGAGCCAGUGGAGCACAAGCCGCACAUGAAGAACGGAGGCUGGGGAGAUGUCCGAGACCAUGCUCUAUGCAACAAUUAUUCCAAACGUCUAUGAGCUCCGCCUUUUCAUUGAUAGUCUACAAAUGUGCCAUCUUGAAGAACCUUCCACGUGUGUCUCGGGGGUGUAAGGGAUUUUGGGUUCUUUUUCUCUCAACCACCAAAGUCAUCGCCCAAUGAUUAUGGGACAAAGUGCAAAUUUGCAUGCUGAUCGUAUCUGAACUUUAAUUUUUCAUUUCGCCAAAGUUCCACAAGUGCCAAAGUCUUUGCAUUGUGACUGCAAGCUCAGCCUUUGGCUUUUCUGUCUGCCUCACAAGCCAAAGCAUCCGGAGAUGUGAUUCAAUGUUAGAUGAAACAGUAUCAAGAGGGUACAUUUUACACCGAAUGAACUUCCUCUCGAAUGAAAUGCCUUCGUAUUCUGUUUAUUUGUAGGUUUCUAGGAACUCGUUUCAGGAACAAUUUCUGCUUGUGUAUAGCUGCUUGGGGGAAGUUGUUUAAAAGUGUUUCCAUGGGCUUAUGAUGGUACGAUUGUAAAUGAGGCAAAUGUAGAGAGUUGGUUUCAAAAAACGUUUCUCUACCUUCAUCAAAUUUGAUGAAUUUUGGGUUUUGCUCAUCAGCUGUUGGAGUUCCUUAUUUUGUUCACCCAAUACAAUAUGUGUCGGGUAAUGUGAACUGUUUUCUGUACUGGACAAUUGGAGCAUUUUUGUUCUUUUCCUGUUUUAUUGAACUCGGGUUAGAGAACCAGAAAGUACUUUUCUCUUAUGCUCUUAUUUACUUUCUGAUAGGCCAAAAAGUGACCUUUUGGAAGCAGGAUUUUGGUUCUGCAAACAUCAGGAUCACCUGCAAUGCUGCUUUUCUGUAUUUGCACCUUCUAUGUUCACAGAUUGAUUUUUUUUUUUUUUUUUGUUAAUGACAACAGAAUGGACUAAAAUGAGAAUUUUAUUUAAGAAAAAAAAAUCCUUCUGUUUCAUUAUUAUUAUUAUUAUUUUUUUUUUUACAUGAUUUUGUUUUUGCCUUUAAUCUGACCAAAAGUGCCUUGUUUGGAGAUUACUUCUUAAAAUGUGCUGACUAUUAAAAAACUAAGUACUUACACCGUAUUGACAAUUUUGGGAGACCUUUUUUUUUUCCUUUUGGUUUUUUUUUUUUUGGGGUUCUGGUGGUUUAUUGAUUCAAAUCUAAAUGUUGAUUUACAUUUAAAGCGAUUUGGUUGGGGCUUCUUUCCUGAAUCUGUUUUGUUGCACCUGAUUUGUAGUGAUUGUGAAGUGAAUUUCUGCUUGUGUUUUUUUUGCUGAUAAGGACAACUCGAUGUCAACGUUGACGUUGGGAGAGACGGUAAUGACAAUCCAGUGCACAAGUAAUAAUUUCCAUUAAUUUUGUGUGUGGACUUAUUAAUGACUCCUAUUUUUUGAGUAUGAAUCAACCUUUUUUUUUUGGUCACUUUUUUUCCUAUUGAUUUGUUUUGAUCAUCACUUGAAGUAGCAGGAUGUUAUUUGUUUGUCAGAUGGGAAAAAUACUUGUGAAAAACAUGAACUUUUGUAAUUUCUUCAAAAAAUUAUAAUAAAAAGUUUGUAAAGUGA